AUGGUGGUUAUUUGGUCAUGUAUGCUCUAUUUACUUAGGAUUAACUGUGAUGAAGAUGCAAAUUACCAGAAACUCAAGGCUGAAUACGAUAAGUUAAAAACUGUUGAUACAAUGAGUCCCUCAAAGAAAUAUCAUGAUAAAUUGGUGUUAUUUCCUGAUGUCAAAUGGAAGGACAAGAUUAUUAAACUCGUGUUGACAGAGAUAAACAACAUUGACAAUAGCAUAAAAACGGUUAAUGAGUUAAGAACAAAUGCUUCUCUGAUAAACAUGAUAAAGAAUAGAGUUAUCAGGUUGCUGACAACUAGUGCGAAUCAAGAGAACUCAGACAAGGCUGACAUCGUGACGUUCUUUACUACUGACAGUUGUAGUGUAGAGAAAGUCGAGGCAGCAAUAAAGCAACUAAAGGCAUUGAUAGAAAAACAAGGAGAUGCAAUAACACGAUUGAUGUAUGAAGAAGUAAAGAAGGCAAUGACCAAAAUGGGAAAGGAUUGCAAGUUAAUAGCAAAAGAAAAACGCAAAAUCCUGAAAAAACAUUUCCUGCAACUGCCGUAUUUUAGGCCCAUUAAUAUUGAUAACAAGAGCGAAGUCACUACUUAUAUGUAUGUGACAUUUACAAUCGGAAGCAAAACGAUGAAGUCGGAGAUAAUAACAAUAACAACAAAGAAAGAAAAAACACAAACAAUACAUGACCUGGAAGAGUAUGAGAUAAAAAUAACAAAGAAGAAAAAAACAUCAAAAAAGAAAGAAACAUCAAAGAAGAAAGAAACACCAAAGAAAGAAAUAUUAAAAAAGAAAGAAACAUCAAAGAAGACCAAAAUAUUAGUGGCUAUCGUAUUGGUUGUUGUGGGUGUAGCGAUAUUAUCAAUAGGAACAUUAAUAUUAAUAAAGAAAAGGAAAAACACAGAAGAAACAUUGGACCUUUGA